AUGGUGAACGACACUCAAGCCUUUCAGCAAGGAGCGCUAUCUAAUGCUCUUACAGGCAACGUAUUUGUGCGCCGGGAAGUGAGAGACCUGCAGGCCAAUUUUCCGGACCAAUGGACAUUAUACAUUCUUGCGCUGAAUAAGCUUCACAAUGCCAAUCAGAGCGACGCAUACUCGUUCUAUGGAAUCGCAUCUAUACACGGUAGGCCGUUCCAGACAUGGGGAGAUGCGCCGGGUUUGCCAUACAAGCAAGGCAUGACAGGAUACUGCCCCCAUGGCAAUGAGCUCUUCAUGGGUUGGCAUCGUCCGUAUCUCGCAUUGUUUGAACAAGUCGUGUCAGAUUAUGUUCACGACAUCGCUACUCAAGCACCGACGGAUAAGGUUGAACGAUACCUUGCUGCCGCAAAUGAGUUUCGCAUACCAUACUGGGACUGGGCUCAGGGAACAAACUCAGGUCCUGUGCCGGAAUUCUUCACCAACCCUAUGCUCACGGUCACCAACACUGAUGGUGUAUCUACGCCUAUGUCAAACCCGCUAUACUCUUAUCAAUUCAACCCUAUAUCCGAUAGAUUCGAUGAAAAAUGGCGUAACAUCAACGCAACGAUACGGUGGCCCAACACUGAUGAUGCCACGGCACAUUCGCAGAACGGAAUGUUCUCCGAUGCUUUCGCCGGCCAGUCUGUCAACAUAGUAGCCCAGAUAGGGGUCGUCUUCCGAUCCAGUACCUUUUCACGAUUUUCUACUACGCUGGAGGAUCCACAUGGUUGGAUACACGGUAUUAUCGGCGGCGGCUAUACAGCUGAUGCACCAUACAAGGGUCAUAUGUGGCCGCUCGAGUACUCAGCAUUUGAGCCACUCUUUAUGCUACAUCACGCGAACGUUGACCGACUCCUCGCCCUGUACCAGGCUGCUCAUCCUGAUCGUUGGAUGGAGUCUUCUAACAUAGGUCCUCAUGGCAACGUUUACUUGGAAGACUACCAGGAAGUAAACGGAGACACGAGUCUUCUUCCAUUUCGAAAGACGCCUGGUGAAUUCUGGACGCCGAAUGCUUGUCGCAAUACCACAGUCCUAGGCUAUGCCUACCCGGAAACACAGCGCUGGCAGUAUCCAUCGGACGAUUCAUACCAGAAUGCCGUUAACUCAGUCAUCUCGACCCUUUAUGGUGGACAGACUCGUUCGCAGCUUACAAGUGCAAUUGAAACGGGUUCUGGAGAGAGGCUGUUGAAGAAUGGCAAUAGUUUCACCGACUGGACCAUCAAUACGCAGGCCAUUGCUUCCAAGCUACCCUCAACCUUUAUCGUCAAGUUCUCCUUUGUCGGUAUAUUCCAGUCGGAUCCUAGUGUGGACGCAGGAAGCUGGAUGAUGCUCAUGCCGGACAACAAGCAGAAUAUGCAUACUUUGCAAGUUCGAACCGAAUCGGAGAAAGUGCUGUACGGCACCACAAGUAUUACAGCGCACCUGAUCGACCUGGUCAAUGCUGGUAAGCUGAAUAGCAUAAGCUCUGACGACGUGGUGCCAUACCUGAGGGACACUCUUACUUGGAAUAUCUUUACGGACAAUGGCACUCGUAUAGCACAGCCCAACGGAGCACUCACAGUUCAAGUUACCAGCACAGAGGCAUACGUGCCAGAGGACCGGAGUGCACCAAUCCAGUACAGUGAAAAUAUUACUGAGCAUCCCGAGAUUACGGCGAACAAGUUUGGUGGAACGAGCUCCACGUCUCCUGCCAUGAUGUUUCUUUAG